GGGGGGAGGCGGCGGCGGCGGCUGCAGCGGCUGCGGGCAGCGCGCAGGACGCAGGGCUCGGGGCGAUCGCAGUCGGGGCUCGGCCGGCGGGCGGUGGGCGCAGGCUCCCCGGUGCCCGCCCCUCCGCUGGAGGGGGUCGCGAGCGGGCGGCCGGGGAGGGGCCGGCACCGCCGCGGCAAAAUGAGCCUGCUGUCGGCCAUCGACACUAGCGCCGCCUCGGUGUACCAGCCGGCCCAGCUGCUCAACUGGGUCUACCUGUCGCUGCAGGACACUCACCAGGCUAGCGCCUUCGAUGCCUUCCGGCCGGAGCCGACCGCCGCCGCCGCGCCCCCGGAGCUGGCCUUUGGCAAGGGCCGCCCGGAGCAGCUGGGCUCGCCCCUGCACUCCAGCUAUCUUAACAGCUUCUUCCAGCUGCAGCGCGGAGAGGCGCUGAGCAGCAGUGUGUACAAGAGCGCCUCGCCGUAUGGCUCCCUCAACAACAUCGCCGAUGGCCUCAGCUCCCUCACCGAGCACUUCUCUGACCUGACUCUCACGUCCGAGGCCCGCAAGCCCAGCAAGCGUCCCCCGCCCAAUUAUCUGUGCCACCUGUGCUUCAACAAAGGACACUACAUCAAGGAUUGCCCCCAGGCACGCCCCAAAGGCGAGGGUCUGACGCCGUACCAGGGCAAGAAGCGCUGCUUUGGCGAGUACAAGUGUCCCAAGUGCAAGAGAAAAUGGAUGAGCGGGAACUCGUGGGCCAACAUGGGGCAGGAGUGCAUCAAAUGCCACAUCAACGUGUACCCGCACAAACAGGUGAGCCGGGGGGGGCCCUUCUCUGAUGGACUGCAGGAGGUUGGCUGUUCCCUUGUUGGGCCUCAGUGUACCCCUCAUACGAUAAGCAUGAGGCCAGAGCUCUCCAAGUUGGCCUUUCUCCCCCUGUCUCAUCUGAAAUGGGGGAGAGGGAGAGAGCCCAUCUCCCCAGGAAGGGAGGGAGGGUGAAGGGGCGACUACACCCAGGGCCUGAGACCGGGGGCCCAGGGGGAUUUUUAAACUAAUGUGGAGGGGUGGGGUGCCUGUUGUGAGACAAACAAGGACAUGAUGGCAGCAGGAAGCUGCAGAAAGCGUGCAUUUCAUUCCUUUACCCGUCUAGCCGGCACAUGUACGGGGGUUGGGGGGGGCCAUGCACCAGGCGCAGUACACACGGACAGGGCAGAGACACCUGGUCCUAGGGAGGGCCCACCUGAGGCAGGCUGCAGAGAAAGCCACUCAGAGCGGCUGACAUGGACUCAGGGACCUGGGCGGGUGGGGAGCUAGGCACCCCCAUCACAAGUGGGGGGCCAGCCAUCCCAGGAAGAGGGCACAGCAGUGCAAAUCCCCCGAGGCUGUAAGGACUUGGGGUGCUGAAGGCCCACUGCCCAGUGAGGGAGCAGGAGAGUGGUGCAGAGGAAUGAGGCGGGGAGCUGCACGGGCGAUCGCCAGAGCCUUGGGGGCCACUCGAGGGGCCAAGGAGCAGCGGGACUUUCAGCCUCAUCUUUGUUCCUCUGUGGUGUGGAGAGAUGAGUCUGGGCAUGAGGGGCCGAGACUGAAAGUGGGAAGACAAGUGGGAGAGCCGUUAGCAUAGUCCCCAUGCGAGCUGGGAGAGGGCUAACUCGGGAGGCGGCUCUGGAGCUAGAUCCAACACCAUGUGCCACCAGAUUGGUGGUGGAAGGCGAGGGAAGGGCAGGGAUCUGGGAGAACAGUCCCCCUGCAGGCUGAAGCACCUGAGUGGGUAGAAGCGGUUGUUCCUGAGCUGGGCAGCCUGGACUGCAGGCGUGGCGGAUGGGACACAGGCAUUGGAGAUAGAAGUCUCGGAUACACACGUUACGUGUGAGAUGCUAGUAAAAAUCCAAUCAGAGAUGUCAAGAAGGCAGUGGACGUGUUAUUCUGAAGCUCAUAUGAGAAGGCAGGGUGUGCACACACAAUUGAGUACCAUUGACCUAAAGGUAUUUAGGGAAUGCACGUGAUUUCCUGCCGAAAGAAUGUGGAUGAAGAAGGAUUCCCCAGACUAAGCGUUCAGUGGCCGUUAGAGGAGACGCAGGGAGUGUGGGGUCCCGGAAGUCGGGGCGGCGUGGGGAGCGCCGUAUGAGCAUUGGUUGGUGGUUGGUGCUAAGACGUUAGGUAUGAUGACCACAGAGACGUGCCCUGGAGAUUUAGCAACAAAGAGGUGGUCCUCAGACUUUGGGGAGCAUCACUUUUACCCGAGGAACUUGCUGAACUACAGCAAGGUUUGAGAAGCACGGAAGCUGGUGCCCGGCAGCUCAGGCCGGAGUGGAGACGUCCAUUGACGGCUGACCUGUCGGCCGGGGCGGCGUCUGUGGCGCAGUGACGGGACCCUUGUUUGGAUCCGGUGCAGAGGGAAUGCCUCACUGUCCGCUCUCUUGAGGGCGUUUGAGUGCGGACAGGAUCACAGCAGCGGCUGGCGCAGGGCAGGAGGCCUUGGGCCGCGUGCUGUGAAGACGGCAGAGCCCGGAGCACAGUGCAGGCUGGUGAGAAUGGCCCGGAAGGAAGCAGGAGGCUCAUGUGCGAGGACAAAAGGGGCGAUGCCUUCCCAUGGGCACAGGAGGGAUAAUCAGGGAGGUUUGUGGGUUUGAUGGUGCAGAGAAGAACUUCGUAUCCAGGGCUUCUGCUUUCUCGGUGAAAUGGGAGGCAAAGUUCUCAGGUAGAGAAAUGAGCUUGAGGAAGGGUCCGCGAGGAAGCAGACCACGAGCGAGGCUGCACCGGGCUGCACGCACGUGCCAAGCCUGGGAGGUUUGUGACCCUAAUGCCAUCGAAGACGUCAGCCCAGUGCUGUGACUUUCCCCAGCGCUGCUCGCUGGGCAGGUGCGGGCCACACCCGGUGAACAGGAGGGUCCGUGGGGCAGAGGUUUGCCAGGAGAGUGUUCCAGAGGGAAGGUGGGGGGAGUGGGCAUAUCUGUAGAAGUGUGAGGAUUGUGCGCGUCACCCUGGGGUGUCAGCUUGAUGGCCGGGAAGGUCAGCCAGGGGGGCCCCGGAUAGAGAGGGGGGAUGUGCCGGGGAGGGUGGGCUGGAAGGAGAGGAGGUGGGGGCAGAGCUGGGUGGUGUCUGAAGAAGACCAAGUUCAGGGUGCGGCUGAGCAGGUGGUCACUGCCGACGAGGUAGUCAGGGAACUGAGGAGCCGGGGUGGGGGGACUUCGGGGGGUGUGCUGGGUCCCUGAGAAGUAGCGGGAGCAGCAGGGAGAGAGGAGACGGGAGGGAAUGGGGGGAGGGGCUUUGGGAGCUACUGCGAAGGGCUCCCUGGGGAAGCGAUGUGAGGCUGGGCUCUGGUGGGGGAGGGACACCAAGCAGGAAAGGGGCUGCCGUGGGGUGGCAGGGGAGCGUGCCCCUCUAGUGGGGAGGAGAGCAGCAGUGCAAAGUGAGGAGGGCAGCCCCCUGGGGACAGUGUCCAUGGAGCUGUGUGGGGGCAGGGUGUGGAGGGAGAGGCCCGGCUCCCUCUGGCUGGCUGGGAAGCGGAGCUCAGAAUUUGGUCUUUAUCCUGCUGGGGUGACUGGGAGGGUUCAUUCGUCCUCUUGCUGGACAGACUUCCUUGAGGGCUCCUCUCUGGCCAGGCCCAUGCAGGCCCUGAUGGAGGGUGCAGGUCCCGGGCUGCCAGGCAUUCGGGAGCUUCCUCCCA